AUGAAGUUCAUCACCUCCGUUGCCAUUGCUGCCACCGCCGUGGCUGCCGUCUCUGCCCAGACCCUUGCCGUCAACGACCCUAACGUCGGUACCGUCUGGAAGGCCGGUGCCGAAAACUACUUGCGCUGGUCCGGAUCCUGCAAGGCCUUGGGCCCCAAUGCCAAGAACGUCACCGUCUCACUCAUGAAGGGACCCGCCGAUCGCAUUGGAUUCGUCGCCAAGUUGGGAACCAUUGAUUGCUCGUCCGAUAACGCCGUCAACGCCAUGAUGACGAUCGCUCCCGACCAGGCUGCCGGAAAGUACUCCCUCGAGAUCGGCACCAGCCCCGUCUCAUACUCGCCCAUCUUUGAUAUCAUCAACCCUGCUGCUGUUGUUGCCCCCACCUCUGCUCCUCAGUCCGAGACCACCGCCCCUGCUCAGCAGCAGAAGGAUACUAGCGGUGCUGGUGCCUUGGCCGCUGGCUCCAUGGUCGCUGCUGCCGGUUUUGCUGUCGCUGCCCUCCAGUUCGUUCUCUAA